UCUGCGCGGUGCGGGAGGACGCAGGAGGUGACUGCUGCCCCCCUCGCUUCCCCAGUGAGCCCUUAAUGUAGAGAGUGGAGAGAGCUGCGCUGCAUGGGGACUGGACGGACCAGAGCUGCGCAGCUGCGAUUUUGACUCGUUUUUAUUACUAUUAUAAUUAAUUUUAUCAUCAUCAUUUUUGAGCGCUUUGUUGGAGAGCGCAUGGACCUGCUAACAGAGGGUACAUACGAGUAAACCAUGCAGAUUGAUGCCACUUUGUCUGCUUAUUUAUUUAUUUUGUCACGCUGUUUCGUGAGCUCCCCUUACAAGUGAUCUGAAACCUGCUAUGGAGGACCUCUUGAAUCAAAAUGAAUCUGAGCAUUGACAAUGCCACAAACUUGUGGAAAAAUGGCUCCUCGGAACUUGACGACGGGGCAGCGGGCACAUCACGGCUUCACUUUUCCAACUCCACGGGGAACCGGACGGAGCUCGGUGAAGUGGAUCUCACCCGGGCCAUCCCGCUCGGCUUGGUCCUGGGGGCUUUCAUCGUUUUCGCCAUCGUGGGCAACAUCCUCGUCAUCCUCUCGGUGGUGUGCAACAGGCACCUGCGGACCCCGACGAACUACUUCAUCAUCAACCUGGCCAUCGCGGACCUGCUCCUGGGCACAACGGUGCUCCCGGUGUCCGCCACCCUGGAGAUCUUGAACUACUGGGUGUUCGGCAGGAUCUUCUGUGACAUCUGGGCGGCGGUGGACGUGCUGUGCUGCACCGCGUCCAUCAUGAGCCUGUGCGUAAUAUCCAUCGACCGCUACAUUGGAGUGAGCCACCCGCUGCAGUACCCGGGCAUCGUGACGGAGAAGCGGGCUCUGCUGGCCAUGCUCGGGGUGUGGGUGCUGUCGGUGGUCAUCUCCAUCGGACCCCUUCUCGGGUGGAAGCAGCCGCCGUCGCCGGACGACAAGGAGUGCCCCAUCACGGAGGAGCCGUUUUACGCGCUGUUCUCCUCCCUCGGCUCCUUCUACAUUCCUCUCGUGGUGAUCCUGGCGAUGUACUGCCGGGUGUACAUCGUCGCCAAACGAACCACUAAGAACCUGGAGGCCGGUGUGAUGCGCGAGAGGAUGAACUCCAGCGAGCUGACCCUCAGGAUCCACAAGGGAUCUCAGGUGCAGGAGGACCCCGGUGGCAGCUCCACUACCGGCAAGGGCCGCGCGCACCAAGCCAGAAGUUCCCUCACAGUGAAACUUCUGAAAUUCUCCCGGGAGAAGAAAGCGGCUAAAACUUUGGGAGUUGUGGUCGGCAUGUUUACGCUUUGUUGGCUGCCCUUCUUCCUCGCCUUACCCAUAGGGUCUUUCAAUGUGAACCUGCGCCCACCUGACCUACUCUUCAAAGUGAUCUUCUGGCUGGGCUACUUCAACAGCUGCCUGAACCCCAUCAUCUACCCCUGCUACAGCCGCGAAUUCAAGCUUGCCUUCAUCCGUAUCCUCCGGUGUCAGUGCCAUCGCCGGAAAAGGCCCGGGUGGCGGGCGUACAACUACCGCUCCUCCAACUUCAGCUCCUCCGGAUGCUCUGGACACUCGCGCAAAGGUUCUGCUGAGAACAACUCCAGCUGUCUGAAUGGCAGCCAGCGCACCCUGCCUUCCUCGGCCAGCCCCAGCCCCAGCUAUCUGAGCCAGGGCCUCCCAACCUGCCCUGAAGGGGACACCUUAUACAUCUGGGGGGGCACUACCCCAGUCUCAAACUCCCCAAAUCUCCUGCCUGGCAGCCCCUCAGACUUUCAGCUGGGAAGCGUGAGAGGGGAGGUGAGUCCAGCUUCGGUGCGAAUGAAAUCAGCUGAGGAAACUAGCAGUGGCAUGUUCUCUUUCUCCUUUAGGAAGAACAGAGACAGGGAAGGGAUUGGCAAGAUCAUGCCAGAGGACAAGGUGUGACCUCUUGGUCAUACUGAGCCUUGACUUCCUGAUUCAUUCCUCAUAAGGGAGCACAGUCACAAACUGAGUGCUAUCCUGUACCAGAGAGAUGAUGAUUGCACACAAUUCUGCUCCAUUCACUGUACGUGGUCACAUGAUCAUUCAUCAGUCAGUGGACUGUCAUUGUCAUUAGUGGUCGGUAUAAGCUGAAGAUAACUAAGAUUAUGCUGCUUUAUCACAAGUAUUUUGACCUGUGUUGCUGUAUGUGUGGUCAACAGAGGUGAAUGUUUGUUUCAAUGGACAGUGAAAUGAAUAUUAAAGUGGGAUUCAAGAGCGUAUCAAAUAUGACUGUGACACAACACCCAUGGAUUGGAAAGAGACCGAUGCAUGCAUUUUGAUAAAUAUAAAACAAAUAAAAAGGGAAAGAAAUGACACUAUAUGUCAGAAAAACUGCAUCCAUCACAGCCUUUCCUUCAUCCCUUUCAGUUUGCGCUGGUAAUUAAAUCCAUUUUUGCCUUUUGGCCUUGUAAAAAAGACAAAGGAACUGAUUUAUGUAAAAUGUGUGACAAAUAAAUGAUCACGUUUAUGUUGCUGUCACUUGGUAUCUUUAUGGUAUGUUGUGGAAAUAAAGUGUAACCUGGUUUAUCUGCUGUGUGUGCACAAGUAAUCAUCUUGUUUGUAUGCUUGAAAUUUUAGAAAAUGUGAA